CAAUCCAAGAUAUUGUUUUGAGGUUCCUCGACCACAGUCAAUAGAGCUCUCUUUCUCAAAGCUUGGGGUAGGUUCUUUGCCAAGACUACAACCCCCAGAAUCCCCCAGUAAUCAUAGGAUUCUGGGGGUGAUAGUCCUAAACAGUAACUUUCCCAACCUGUGCAAAUCUGCCCCAUUAACUCAGUCUCUCCAGUCCCUUGCCUCUUUGGUCUUCUCUGUUUGGGGUCUCAAGGUCUGACUGUAAACUGCUUGGGGCAGAGACCUGCUAGCUUUACACCAAACAUUACACCAGGAGCGAGAAGUGCAAAGAUGGUGCUGUGUGAAUAAGAGGAAUUGAGUAACUACAGUCUUUUUUCUUUGGGUUCAUAGCAGCGACUGGUUCCUCCUAGACAGCCGGAAAGUGCGCCACGUUGCUGUCGGUCUGUUUUGCUGUGGAAUCUCGGUCUACCUGGCAGCACUCUCCAUGUACAUGCUGGUGUUGUUUGAGAUCGCAACGGGAAUCACCAGCGCCUGCAUCCUAUCCUCGAGCAUUGUCGUCCUGAUCCUGACCAUCAUCCAUGUGCUCAUCCGAGCUUCCAGAGCGGCCCAGCGUGGCCAAGGAGAGCUUUCGCACACUCUCUACGAAAAUGACUCAGCCCGCAGUGGCGAAACAUCUGUUGCGCAUCUCAACAAUGCCAAGAACAUGGUCUCCCCCAGGCCCCGGCCGGAGAUCCACCGGGAGUUUUCAUACCCGCCGUACGUGGAACAGAAGUCCCACCUGACCACCCCAGCAAGCAGCAAUGUCACCUCCUCUGGGAGCGCCGAUCCAAUACCAGAGAAGGAUUGCUACGCCGUUCCGCGGAUGCACCGGACGCUUUCGGCAGAAUCGGCCCUGCUGCAAAUCCAAGGGAAGCCCUGGAAUGGCGUCACGCAGGAAAUGAAGAACAUCCUCUCUAGGAAACCGGCCGGCUCUGGAAAAAAUUCAACCUUGGUGUAAAAAGUCCAGAGUGAGGAGUGCAUCACCUUCAUAGUAAUGAGAGAGAGGUAACUGAGUCCAACCCCUCCUCAAUGUAGGGAUUCCACAUAGAGCAUCACCAGGAAGGAGCUGUCUAGCCUCUUUUGGAAGACAUCCAGAGAAGAAGACCUUACCACAUCUCCAGGUCAUGGAUCCCAUUGCCCAACACCUCCUACCAUCAAGAUAUCCCUUUUAAGGUUCAAUUGAAAUCUACCUUCCUGUAACUUAAAACCAUUAGACCUGGUCCUACAUUCUGAGGCAGCAGAGAACAAACCUGACCCCUUUUCUCUGGAACAUCCCUCGAAGUCUUUUACAAAAUCAGAUUCCAUCUCAACAAGCCCAGCUCCUUCAACCUUUCCUUGUAUCUGCUGUUCUCCAUCUCUUUUAUCAUCCUGGUUGCCCUUCUCUGAACCAGCUCCAUCUUCUUAAAAUGAGAUGCCCAGAACUGAACACAAGACUCCAGAUGAGGCCUAGCUAGUUCAGAAUAUAGGGGGACUAUGACUUUCCUUGACUUGGAAACUAUGGUUUGAGGUAUUGAAGGAGGACCACCAGGACAACGCCUGGUCUUUGUUUCACCAGGAUAGAGCUGUCAGAGGUUUAUGAAGUUGCCUGCCUGGUGAUGUGGUUUGAGCGUUGGACUAGGUCUUGGUCAUGUAGACCCACGGGGGAACCUGAGCAAGUCACACUCUCUCAGUCUCAGAGGACUGUAAUGUCAAAUCCCCUCUGAAAAAGCUUGCCAAGAAAACCCCAUGAUAAGGUUGCCUUAAAUCUGAGAUGACUUGGAAGUCACAUAACCACAACAACGGCCCUUUUGAAGCUCCACAGUUGAGAAUGUUCUAUGAUCUGCACAUAGUUGUGUGGAAAUGGCUAUCACAAAGCUAGGGUGAGGGCUGCUCCUUAGCAAACUACAAUGUUUGUAGAAUAGGUGUUAAUAGUAGCUAGUGUUGUGGAUAGGUGACAAUGGACUAGUUGCUCCCACUCUCUCUCAAACAUAGCUACUCCACAGGGAUGUUGCUGUUGGAGUGAAAAGGAGAGUCAUGCACACCAUGGGGAACUCAUUGUACAGAAGGUGAGGUAUGAGUGUAAGAAAUUAAAUACUGUAUUAAAUAAACAUGUAUGGAGUCUCCAGGCUCAGAAGCACUGUACCACUGAAUAUUGGUUGCUUCCACUCUUGCCUUCUAGUUCUGCAAGGAACUUGGAGCAUCUAGUAGGCCAGUGUGGGGGGGGGGGGAAGGAUGGUGCACUAGAUACAUCUUAGGUCCAGUCUAGCAGGGUUCCUAAGAUAUAGCAAAAAGGGUUUUGCUCCAAAAUGCCCACUAUGGAGUGGAGGGCAUUUCCACCAUCUUUGGAGGCCCCAUAGGGUUGAGCAAGAUUUUUCAAAACCUUCUCACCCAAAAUGUUCUCUAGAGGCUGGGUGGUGGUGGCAUCUUUGCCUCAUUUUGCAGGGACCCUGGGUCAAUUCAGGACUAGGAAUAGGACUGCCAGAUCUCAGGGGCUGAUACCGAGUCUCCAGUGUUUGUGGAUCAUCUCCAGGCAGGAGACAAGGGUGCAAAUCCUCCAGGUUUUUUGAGGAGGUCUCAGUUCUGGGAAAGGGCUCGCUGUAAACCUUCCAGCUCAGCUAGGAGGCUUCAUUGGUUUGUUGCGGCAAUGUAGAAAGAGUCUGUGUAUUUACUUAGGAGUCAUGCAGAAGCUGUUUGUUUUAGCACAACUAUACGAAUUAUCUUACUCAUGCAUUCCGGGUUUGUUGUUCACACUAUGGAACCACAUCUCUGCAACUUCUGUUGCUCACACAUGCCAGCCCUCAAAUAAAGAUGGAGUUGAUGAUGUGAAUGUAUUCAAAGCACGUUCAAGACAUGCAGAAGUUUAUCCCGAGUCUAUUCGCAUCGGUUAUUCAAACAGCCGAGAAUGUGAUCCUUUCAGAAAAACUCAGGAAGAAGCUGGCAUUGAUUAUCCUGGGUUAAGUGGGGUUUUUGGCAUCCCUCCUUCAAAAAAACUU